AUGCUCUCGGAGACUGACAAUGCAGGCGCAGGCGAGCCCGCGAUUCCAACAACAGCAGAUCCCGCCAUGAACGCUGAUCGCGGACAAGCUGGAACUCCCGCCGGUGGAGACCGGGUGGAACAGGCCUCCACGGGUCAGGUCCAAUGCUCCGUCUGUAGCAGUACCUUUCGCCGCCCGGAGCAUCUCAAGCGCCAUCUUCGCAGUCAUACCAAAGAAAAACCAUUCGAGUGCGCGCAAUGUGGCCGCCAUUUCUCUCGAACGGAUACGCUUCAUCGCCAUGAGCUGAGCCAUCAUACCCCAGGAAGCGAAGGUGGCAAAGAUCGCACGCAUCGCAUCACAGUCAAGACUUUCCGCGCCUGCUUUAGCUGCGCAACCGCGAGAGUGCGAUGCAGUGGCGGCAUCCCGUGUGGACGGUGUGACACGCGCUCCCUCGAGUGCCAAUACCCGACCGAGAGACGAUCGAAAGCCAGGUUUCGAAAUGGAGCUGCGCGCGAACGGUCCAACCUGGAACCACAAGAACUAGAACCACCGAGCCCAGAAGCGCCGUCAUCUCCACCGAACGGGACUCAAUGCGAGCAGACGCAGAUGGGUCAGUUCUCAAUCCCUGGCGGAGAUGAUUCACAACCGUCGCCAAAGACAUCUGAGGUCAACGUCUUUUCAAACUCCACGGAGACCUUUCUUCCCGAUAGCACUUCCUCGGAUGGAAGAGCAUCUCUUGUAGGGCCUUCCCACUCUCAAUUGUACAUGCCGCCCAAUUCGGCGUCGAAUAUACCACGAUUGCCGCCGGGAAUGUACACCGACGGGGACUAUCGUCAGCCAUAUGUUGAAAUACCAAAUCAAAACAUGCUAUCAGUCCAGUCGAGCUCCAAUCUGGAACCUGCAAUGAGGCAAAUUCCACCUGGUAUUGCUGAUCCAGGCGUUGAUAUGGAUAUUGACAUGACAGGAAAUUCCGAGAUGACACUCGAGUUUGAUCCCUCCUUUUUUGACCCAUCAGUGUUGUCAACGAUCAACUGGCUCCCCAAUGAGUUCUUCUCUGCCACUCCAGGCGACCAGCCACCGUCAGAGGUUCCCACCCAGUUUUCGCAGCCUGCAAUCUCGGAAACAUAUGCGGCUCGACUGCCGUGGCAACCUCCAGUGAUAAACACAGACCAAGUCAGCUCUUCAAUUCCUGAAAAAGCUUCUCAUACUCCUUCAGGUCCCCUUUCCCUGGGAACAGAUAUGGAGAGCCCACGACGCUAUUCUCAUGUUGGCAGCGAGUCAUCGCCCCAUUCUGAUUCAAUCGAUUCCUCAAAACGCUCAGCAGACUAUUAUGUUGAUGGAGGCGGCGCCCGGCUUCCAAAAUAUCGAAAAAAACAGAACUUGUGGUCAGUCGCCUCGACGGACAAUCCUGCUGGUAGUGGGCAGAAUCUUCAUGAAAAUAUUAUACGCCGAUUUGGAUUCUCCGGCUCGCAGGAACCCAGUGUCGAAAAUCUUCCUCCAGAAGACUUGCUUCAGUCCGUUCGGCCGAUAGAAUCAAACCGCUACAACGAGCUUUACUGUAAUUUUAUUCUUCUUUGCCGCAGCGAAAAUCCCUUUUUCGAAAGCUUUGAGUCGGAGUAUUUUCCCUCGGCAGAGGAGUGCAGCAAAUACAUCGCUUUUUUUUUCGACUCGUUCCAGGCCGUGUAUCCGAUCCUCCAUUUACCUACUUUCGAUGCCAAUAAAUGCCAUUGGCUUUUAACUUUAGCAAUUGUGGCGUUGGGGUGUCAUAGCUCAAGUAUUCGUGAAUUAGAUCAGUCUACUACCGCCUUUCACGAAUUCUUACGGCGGGCCAUACAUGUCGAGGUACCUCAUACUAUUUCUUCCUUCGUUGACAUUUCCUUUUACUCACACUGA